AUGCUAGAGGAGGCGCCGAAAUCGCCAGCAUCAGUUGCGUCCCCUGAAACGAGGGACUCGGAGCCGCCGGAGGAUAUAGUCCAGUCGCAAAGGCGACAAAUAGAGGAGUUAGAACGGAAACUGGAAGCAUCCCGACAGCAGUUGGAGGCGGUGAGGCGGGAAGCGGCGGGAGCGGCCGCUAGUGACCAAAGCCGGCGGCUGCUACAAGCGCAUCUCUGUGUGACACAACUUCGCGCACAACUUGAUGCUUUAAAACCGCCCCCGCGAUAUCUCCUCGCGGACGCACCCCCCGACCGCCUCGUCCGCCUCUUCACUGUAACCCCUCCCGCCGCAACACCCGAAACGACCGUCGACUCCCAACACAAAACCAACCCCGCUUACAUACUCAACGGCGUUAAAGUCGUCCCGAUAGCUAUCCUACCCACGCACUAUGAACCGGAGCGCACGGCCCCUCCCCCUCCCCCUCCGCCGCCACCCAUGCCGCAGACUCCCUUAUUACACGACAGCGAAGACAGCCGAAUCAUGGACGAUGUUUUGGAGAUUCUCGUGGAAAACGGCGAGUUGCCCCCGUCUGCGGUCGAAGACGUCGCAGUCGAUCGCCCGAUCGAUCCCGGCUACUUAACGACCGGAUCGAACGAUUUCUCGCCUGCCGACGUCUUAAAUGACGACGUUCUGGGUGAUACACACGUACGCGACUCACUCGCCGCCGACGAAUUGCAACGGGAGCUGAAUGAUAUACAAAAUGAAAUCAUGAACCACGCCGACAUGCAUGCGGUGAGCAAACCGAGCCAAUGUGACAUAGACCCGACCGCGGCCGUCAUCGACCCCGAUUUGAGUGUCGAUCUGCUAGCGAACAACGAUUUCCACUCAAGCUUCACGACGGACCAAACUUCCGAUAACAACGAUGACUUCUUUGGGAGGCUGCUUUCGGGUGAGUGCGAUGAGAAGCCGCAAAUGGCAAUGGACAUCGUCGACGACGCGCCAGAACGUAUGAGCAUGACGCCGCUCACCAAUGGCGAUAUACUGGACCACAACCGCACCGGCUUCGAGGAUAUGGACGACCUGUCGCUGCCGUCUUUCCAGAACGAGGACUCGAGGCAUGGCGCUUACGACGAUCGGCCCUGCGAAUUCGACCUGAAAGACUUCGAGAGCCUCGGCACCCAUAUGAACAUGGACAGCGACGGCUACGACAUGGACACGGAGCUGAUCCCGAACCUGUUCGGGCGCGGGCACGUGCCGCAGUGCGACCCGCUGCUGGGCGGGGUUCUGGCGCGGCCGCCGCCGCGGCCCGCCACCAAGCACUACUCGUGGGAGCGCAUCGAGUUCGACGCCACCUGA